GCGAGCCCCGUGAGUUGGCGGUAGCCAAUAGGAGCCGCGCUGGCUGGAGAGUAAUGUUACAGAGCGGAGAGAGUGAGGAGGCUGCGUCUGGCUCCCGCUCUCACAGCCAUUGCAGUACAUUGAGCUCCAUAGAGACAGCGCCGGGGCAAGUGAGAGCCGGACGGGCACUGGGCGAUUCUGUGCCUCGCUGAGGAAAAAUAACUAAACAUGGGCAAAGGAGAUCCUAAGAAGCCGAGAGGCAAAAUGUCAUCAUAUGCAUUUUUUGUGCAAACUUGUCGGGAGGAGCAUAAGAAGAAGCACCCAGAUGCUUCAGUCAACUUCUCAGAGUUUUCUAAGAAGUGCUCAGAGAGGUGGAAGACCAUGUCUGCUAAAGAGAAAGGAAAAUUUGAAGAUAUGGCAAAGGCGGAUAAGGCCCGUUAUGAAAGAGAAAUGAAAACCUAUAUCCCUCCCAAAGGGGAGACAAAAAAGAAGUUCAAGGAUCCCAAUGCACCCAAGAGGCCUCCUUCGGCCUUCUUCCUGUUCUGCUCUGAGUAUCGCCCAAAAAUCAAAGGAGAACAUCCUGGCCUGUCCAUUGGUGAUGUUGCGAAGAAACUGGGAGAGAUGUGGAAUAACACUGCUGCAGAUGACAAGCAGCCUUAUGAAAAGAAGGCUGCGAAGCUGAAGGAAAAAUACGAAAAGGAUAUUGCUGCAUAUCGAGCUAAAGGAAAGCCUGAUGCAGCAAAAAAGGGAGUUGUCAAGGCUGAAAAAAGCAAGAAAAAGAAGGAAGAGGAGGAAGAUGAGGAAGAUGAAGAGGAUGAGGAGGAGGAGGAAGAUGAAGAAGAUGAAGAUGAAGAAGAAGAUGAUGAUGAUGAAUAAGUUGGUUCUAGCGCAGUUUUUUUUUCUUGUCUAUAAAGCAUUUAACCCCCCUGUACACAACUCACUCCUUUUAAAGAAAAAAAUUGAAAUGUAAGGCUGUGUAAGAUUUGUUUUUAAACUGUACAGUGUCUUUUUUUGUAUAGUUAACACACUACCGAAUGUGUCUUUAGAUAGCCCUGUCCUGGUGGUAUUUUCAAUAGCCACUAACCUUGCCUGGUACAGUAUGGGGGUUGUAAAUUGGCAUGGAAAUUUAAAGCAGGUUCUUGUUGGUGCACAGCACAAAUUAGUUAUAUAUGGGGAUGGUAGUUUUUUCAUCUUCAGUUGUCUCUGAUGCAGCUUAUACGAAAUAAUUGUUGUUCUGUUAACUGAAUACCACUCUGUAAUUGCAAAAAAAAAAAAAAAGUUGCAGCUGUUUUGUUGACAUUCUGAAUGCUUCUAAGUAAAUACAAUUUUUUUUAUUAGUAUUGUUGUCCUUUUCAUAGGUCUGAAAUUUUUCUUCUUGAGGGGAAGCUAGUCUUUUGCUUUUGCCCAUUUUGAAUCACAUGAAUUAUUACAGCGUUUAUCCUUUCAUAUAGUUAGCUAAUAAAAAGCUUUUGUCUACACACCCUGCAUAUCAUAAUGGGGGUAAAGUUAAGUUGAGAUAGUUUUCAUCCAUAACUGAACAUCCAAAAUCUUGAUCAGUUAAGAAAUUUCACAUAGCCCACUUAUAUUUACAAACUGAAGAGUAAUCAAUCUACUCAAAGCAUGGGAUUAUUAGAAUCAAACAUUUUGAAAGUCUGUCCUUGAAGGACUAAUAGAAAAGUAUGUUCUAACCUUUACAUGAGGACUCUAUUCUUUAACUCCCAUUACCAUGUAAUGGCAGUUAUAUUUUGCAGUUCCCACAUUAAAGAAGACCUGAGAAUGUAUCCCCAAAAGCGUGAGCUUAAAAUACAAGACUGCCAUAUUAAAUUUUUUGUUGACAUUAGUCUCAGUGAAGACUAUGAAAAUGCUGGCUAUAGAUGUCUUUUCUCAUUUAUCUAAAUAUGGACUGCUCAGGAAACGAGACUUUCCAUUACAAAUAUUUUUAAUUAAUUGGGCCAGCUUUUAAAACAAAGAUGCCACAUUCAAAAUAGGGUAUAUUUUCCUAUAUUAUGGUUUGCCCCUUUAUGAAUCCAAGUAGAUAGGAGGAAAGAAGACACUUUAAACUUUGCAUCUCAGUAUGAAUUAUUCAAUUUAUUUGAAUGAUUUUUCUUUACCAAACAAACUCAUUCAUUAGUCAUGUUUAUCUGCUUAGCAGUUUAGGGAACAAUUUGGCAAUUUUGUGGUUUUCGAGAUUAUCGUUUUCUUAAAGUGCCAGUAUUUUAAAAUAGCGUUCUUGUAAUUUUACACGCUUUUGUGAUGGAGUGCUGUUUUGUUAUAUAAUUUUGACUUGGAUUCUUUCCAUUUGCAUUUGUUUAUGUAAUUUCAGGAGGAAUACUGAACAUCUGAGUCCUGGAUGAUACUAAUAAACUAAUAAUUGCAGAGGUUUUAAA